UCGACACAGCAGCACAUUUGGUCAGCUCUAGAAUUCUACGAGUCCCUGCCAGAAUAGUCAAUAGCUUCAGAAUGAAACUUUUCAUUGGAACCCUCACCCUUUGCCUGGUGGCACUGGUCGCCGCCCAAUCGGCAGAUCCUGCCGCCGUGGAGCCGUCCGCUGAGUACCUACCGCCGGUUGGAGAGGCGGAGGCCGCCCAGCUCUCCGAGAAUGGCUACCGUUACAAGACCGUGCGCCGGCUGAAGCUUCGCCACCGCCGUGAGGUGCCCAGCCAGGAGUAUCUGCCACCCGUGGACAACGCCCCCAGCCAGGAGUACCUGCCGCCAGUGGAUGCCGCCGCCAUAGGGGACACCAAGGUGGCCGAUGAUGGUUAUCGCUACAAGACCGUGCGCAAGCUCAAGUUCCGCGCCCGCCACCGCCGCGAUGUCUCCGAGAUCGCUGAGCCCAGCAACGAGUACCUGCCGCCCGUAGAGGUUGCCCUGGCCCCCGAGCUUAAGACUGUUCUGGGAGACGAUGGCUACCGCUACAAGACAGUGCGUCGCUUGAAGCUGCGCCGUCAUCGCCGAGAAGCCGCCGCUGAGGAGAGCGCCGCCGCCGCCGAGAGCGCUCCAAAUGGUGAAUACCUGCCACCCGCCGAGGUCGCCGCUCCAUCUCCUGCCGAGGCCGAACCCAAGGCCGCCGAGGAUGGAACCGAAUUGGCCAAGGACGGAUACCGUUACAAGACCGUGCGUCGCCUCCGAUACCGCCACCGCCACUAG